AUGUAUUUUGUACGUGUUGCUCGCCCGGCUGUCCGCAGCUUGUACGCAGGUGGACGUAGUCAACGAGCUACCACCAUCGCUUCGACACGAGCCACGGCACUGGCGCUUGCCCACAACGCACAGCCGUUCAGCACAUCACCCUCCCUCCUCAAGAAGCGCAAGCCUGACGCCCCCUCGAAAUCGUCUCCCCCGUCUGCUCCCGCGCCGUCGAACAAAGGCAAGGGCACUGCGGCUGGCAGCAGCAGCGGCGACUUUGAUCCUCUCGACCUCGACCCCGUCGAGGCAGCCUUUGCCGAAGUCGAUGUGCACUUCCAGACACAAAUCCAAAACGUGCUACACGGCGGGCGCUUCAACCCGGACCAGCUCGGCGCGCUCGCUGUGAGCGUCAAGCCCGACGGUCACGGCGGCGGCGGCGAGGCGGCGGCGGAGCUGUUCCCGCUGCGCGAGCUCGCGCAGGUGGUCCCGCGCGGCGGCCGCACCGUCUCGCUGCUCGUCAACGACAAGACGUACAUCAAGCCCAUCAUGUCGGCCGUGCAGGCCAGCCCCGAAUUCAACCAGCAGCCGCAGCGCGCAGAGGACAAUGAGCUGGAGCUGCUGCUCCGCGUCGAGAUGGAACGCCCCGAAGAGCUCGUCCGGCGUGUCAAGGAGGCCACGCAGGCGUGGCGGGAGCGCGUGCGGCAGGCGCGGACCAAGCACGAGAAGGCGUUGAAGGAGGCGCGGAAAAACGGCCUGCUACUACCGGACGCGCUGAAAAAGGUGGAAAAGGAGGUGCAGAAGCUGCAGGACAGAAAGAUGAAGGAGAUUGACACCCUGGAGGCGCAGAGCGUCAAACAGGUUAGCAGAAACUAG